GCCAGCGGCAGCGACGGCUGCCCGGACGAGUGCCCGGAAAUAUACAAGCCCGUUAAGGACGAUACGGGGUUCGAGUACCCGAACGAGUGCUACAUGCGCAAGGCCCAGUGCCUCACGAACGACGUGAACAACCUGUUCGUCAGAGAGGGCACCGACUGGACGGCAAGACCCCCAUCGUUCAGGACGACUCGGAGUCCGGCAGCGACGACGACGUCCUGCGGCAGCGACGGCUGCCCAGACGAGUGCCCGGACAAGUACAAGCCCGUUAUGGACGAUGCGGGUGUCGAGUACCCGAACAAGUGCUUCUUGCGCAUGGCACAGUGCAAGGGCACCAGCAGCGGCUCGCUUGAUCUGAGUGACUUCUAC